AUGCGUUGCCAUUCAUAUUCCGCCGUACACCAAGCCGAAACGGAAAAAGUCAACCACAACAAUGAACACGGCCGGAACAACCACAAGCACCAGCACCACAAAAAGCGACAGCACCACAAAAAGCCACAGCACCACAAAAAGCGACAGCACCACAAAAAGCGACAGCACCACAAAAAGCCACAGCACCACAAAAGGCCACAGCAUUACGAUAAGCCACAGCACCACGAAAAGCAACAACACCACCACAGGGACCACCACAGGGACCACCACAGGGACCACCACAGGGACCACCACAGGGACCACCACAGGGACCACCACAGAGACCACCACAGGGACCACCACAGGGAACACCACAGGGACCACCACAGGGACCCCCACAGGGACCACCACAGGGACCACCACAGGCACCACCACAGGGACCACCACGAAUAG